AUGGUCAUAACUCGUACACAGGCCCUCGAUACUCCCGAGGUCCAAGGCCAAUUCUCUGCCGAAGGCAAGGGUAAAACAUCGGCCGAGGUGGAUCGUCUCUUAGACCAUGGACUCGACGGUCCCAAGUGGGGCAGUUCUGAGGUUGGGGGGACGCGCUCUCAAACGAAAGCUGCCAAGGCCGCAGCAAAUGCCAAUGUCGAUCAUAAGAACGCUGAGAGUAUUUCCACCUCGACAGCUUCAACCGCUCCCGAAGACAUCUCUGUGCACACGAUACGCGUAACGGAUGCCAUGUUUCUGAUUCGCAUGCCACUGGCCUUGUAUCAAACAUUCUUUCCUGAUGCCAACAUUGUUCCUCGUUUCCCUGCGAUCGCAUUCGAACUCAAAGUCCCCAAGGCUCGAAGUCUCGAGGACGGCGAAACGGAUCACAUGAUAACGAAAACGAAUGCUACUAGCACUAUCAAAUUUGCCAUGCCUCAGAUUGUACAACAAGCUCAGUUCAUUUUCCAUAUGUGGUCCACUCUUCAAGUCUUCUGGAUCGUAGGUGCCUGUGGGCGUUGGGUACGGUUCCACAGAUUCAAGAGGACCACAACUCCCCCCAUCGAUCCAACUAAAAUAUGUCACCAAGAGUACUACACACCAUCCCCUACCCCAGCUACGUCAAUCCCUUGGAUAUCAGCUACGAUACCGAUUAUCGAGGAAGAUGGAGAGUACUCAGAUGAGUUCAAGGCUCUCUUCAAAAAAGCUAUCCAAGACACAAUGGGCGAGUACAGUACCUUUAUCUCUUCUUUAAUCACCGAGUAA